CUGCAGAUCCUGGACGGGGAGCGACCUGUGCUGAACAGUGACCAGAUUGUGGAGGCCAUUGAGUGUACGGCUUUUCUGCAGCUACAUGGCAGUGUGCAGCCACUCGCCCUCCACUGAGCAACUGCAGGACCUCCAGCGGACAGUCUGCUACCUGGAUGAAGACAGCAGAGAGUGGAAGAUCCUGACACAUCUACCGGUGAGCACGAGCACCACCAUGGCAGGUGUGGCCGUCCUGGAGAACAAACUUUACAUCAUUGGAGGAGUACAUGAUUUAAGCAAGAAGGUAGUAGAGACUGGUUUCUGUUACAACCCUGCAGCUAACACCUGGUCCACUAUCUGUGGCCCCCAACAGCUUCGCUACAACUUUACUCUGAUAGGUCACGAAGGGUGUCUUUAUGCCAUAGGAGGUGAGUACAACGUAAAGGCACUUUCAUCUGUGGAGAGAUACAGGGUGUCUACUGAAAGCUGGAGCUUUGUCUCCCCCCUCCCCUGCUCUGCAUCCUCAGUGGUGUCUGCUAUAGCCACAAAUAGGAUCUUUAUCUGUCUCUGGAAAGGUAAGGGAGCCACAGAAAUACACGAGUACAUUCCUGAACAGGACCAGUGGCUUCUGGUCACCACACUCGUCCGCCAACACAGUUAUGGUCUUCAUAUGGUGGCCCAUAAGGAUAAUCUGUAUGUGAUGCGUAACGGACCCUGUGAUGACUUUUUAAUGUGUGUGAUGGACUGCUAUAAUUUGAGCUCAGGCCAAUGGACAGCCAUGUCGGGCCAAUACGGGAACAGUAAAGGCUCUCUGUUUACUGCUGUGGUCAGAGGAGACUCUGUGUUCACACUCAGUCGACAGGUGACCACCGAGUACACUGUAGAGGAUUGUACAUGGAGACUGAGGCGUGAGAUGAAAGGUUUUGGCAGAAUUGGAUCCAUAUAUACAUUUCUGAUGAGGCUGCCUAAAGCCACUAUCUCUCUCAUAGGAAACUCGCCGGAUCAGAUUCAGGAUCAAAUCCACAGUGACUGUCCCAGAGUCUCCCCACAAUGCUCUCAUGACCUGUAA